AUGAAGAUCUCGGCGAUGCUCUUUUUCUAUCUUUUGAAGUAUUUCCCUCUUCUUUUUGUCUAUCCAAAGCGGUUCGCGUUCUCUCUCUUUUUUUUAUUUUUAUUUUUCUCUGAGUCUCUUCGGGAUCAAGUCCGGGCACGAAAGCUCAAACCGAAUGGUGGCCGCGGUGAUGGGCGCACGAGUGGCGGGCGCACGUGGGGAAUGCAGGUAGCAAAUCCGCACAAGUGUCGAUCAGGUCGUCGUUCUCGUCUCUCGUUCGCUGCUACGGUGAAGCUGAGGAUGCCGCUGGAGGGUGGAUGCACAACAACACCUGUCGAUAGAUGGAGGCAAGGACGCGUAUGA